GGGAGCGCGUGAGUCCGGGAGCGGUCGCGGGCCUCGGUGUACAGGCGACCCCGCUGAGAGGCCACCCGGCUGACACGGGGCGCUGCCCGACCCCUGACUUUAGGCGGGCUCUCUGGGGACCCGUCUGAUGGCAGAACCAAGAGCUGUAGCCAACUAGACGUCAACAUGCGGUAGACGCAGGUUUGGGUACCGGCUCCGGUGUUUGAUUUGGGGUCAAACGUAGCCUGUCUGAGCUUCAGUUUCCUUGGCUGAAAAUGGAAAAGCAUUUCUCCAGCAGUGGCCAGACGUCACUCUCCGAGUCUUUCUCUGGACCACACAAACCCAUUCGAGCAGGAGAGGCCUUUGGGUUCCAGCACCAGGUCCCAGAGCAGCAACAGAACUCAAGGGCACCAUGCGUGCCUCGAGGCUCUACACCUUGGUACUCGUGCUGCAGCCUCAGCGAGUCCUCCUGGGCAUGAAGAAACGAGGCUUCGGGGCCGGCCGGUGGAACGGCUUCGGAGGCAAAGUUCAGGAAGGAGAGACCAUCGAGGAUGGAGCCAAGAGGGAGCUGCAGGAAGAGAGCGGUCUGACCGUGGACGCGCUGCAGAAGGUGGGCCAGAUCGUGUUUGAGUUCGUGGGCGACCCCGAGCUGAUGCACGUGCACAUCUUCUGCACAGACAGUGUCCACGGGACACCAGUGGAGAGCGACGAAAUGCGCCCCCAGUGGUUCCAACUGGACCAGAUCCCCUUCGCUGACAUGUGGCCCGAUGACAGCUACUGGUUUCCCCUCCUGCUUCAGAAGAAGAAGUUCCACGGCUACUUCAAGUUCCAGAAUCACGACACCAUCCUGGACCACAAGCUCCGCGAGGUGGACACCGUCUAGGACAGCCAAGCUGGCCCCUCGGGCCACGGGAACUCUGCCCAGCCACGCUGUGGCUCCAGGCUCCGCACGCCGGCGGGCCUCCAGUCUGUCUGGCGCGUGAUUGGGUGGAAAGGAAAAUAAACCUUUUACCUUUUCAACAUUC